AUGGGGCUCGCCGACACGCUCGGCUUUGGCAAGACGGCCUCGUUCCAGGCGACCAUCACCGUACACGAGCUCCUCCAAGUGCCCCUCCUCAACGCCAAGUUCCGCAUCAAGUGGAAGUUCAAGGGCGCCACCCACGCCCUCGUCCACGCCGCCAGCGACGACGCCCUCGCCGGCUCCCACCACCCGCACCGCCACGGCUUUGCCGAGCGCUUCCUCCACCCGCGCACGGCCCUGUCGUCCUCGUCGUCCCACGCCACCCUCCCAACCACCCCUGUGCCCGCCGACCGCCCAGACCGCGACCGCACCCCGUCCGGCUCGCGCGCGCGCAGCAGGUCCCCCUACGCCGUCUACUCGUCCGAGGACGGCGACGACGUGCGCUCGCCGACCCAGUCGCCGCCCGUGUCGCCUGACGCGCGCCCGAACCGCGCCGGCACGUCGGCCUUUACCUUUCCCUCGACCUCGUCGAACGGCGGCGACACGCAGACGCUGUACGCGACGCCGUCGAACCGCACGGCCACGUACGACAGCGGGACGACGACCAACCUGUCGCCCGACGGCCUCGACGGCGGCGGCACCUCGUCGUCCAAGCGGCGCGGCGCGAGCGACCUGAGCGCGCUCGCGUCGUCGCAGAGCGGCUCGGGCCCCGGCGGCGGCGCGCACCCUGCCGCCGCGCACCGGCCCGAGCCCAAAGGCUCGACGACGUUCGUGCCGCUGCGCGCCCACACGGCCGUCUUUGCGCGCGAGAUCACGUGCCCGGUCCAGGUCACGCUCCGGCACGUGCCCGGCUCGAGCAAGUACCAGCUGCAGCCGUGCCCGGUUCGGCUCGCCGUCCACCAGGAGGUGCCCGGCGAGGACGGCAAGCGCGAGGAGGAGCACCUCGGCGAGGUCAUCCUCGACCUAAGCCAGUUUGCGGCUCACCCGCUCAAGGGCGGCGCGACCGCCGCCGAGGGCGUCAAGGACGACGUGCGCCCGAGGCGGUACCUCCUCCAGAACUGCAAGAGCAACGCUGUCCUACGCGUGUCGGUCAAGAUGCAGUGGAUCGACGGCGAGAAGCUCUUUGUCGCUCCCGCGUUCCGCACCGGUCAGCUGUCGACGGGCUCGGCGGCCGCAAAAGGGCUCGACAGCGGGCGCAACUCGCCCGCCAACCGUUCGUCCGCCUCGAUCACGCACAAGGGCAACGUCGCCUCGUCGACCCCGUCCCCGACUCGCCUGAGCGGCAGCAACUACGCCCGCAGCACGACGUCGACCGCGUCCGUCAAUCGCUCCAACUCGACCUCGUCGAUCGGGUCCCUCCCCGGCACGCCCUCGCCCCUCUCGGCCGCCUCGUCCAUCGCCGCCGCUCGCGACCGCACGCCUGGGCCUCGCCACCGCGACCACCAAGCGCAGGGCGCUGGCGCCCGAUCGCGCAAGCCCAAGAAGGUGUGGCACCCGAGCUCGACCCUGUCCGCCGCCGACACGGGCUUCAACUUUGGCGGCCCGCCGCCGCAGCUCUCGUCGACGCACAUCGGCGGCGGCAGUACGUCGUCAUUGGGCGGCGGCGGCGGCGACGGCGCAGGAGGCCGACGAGGUCGCAUGCCCGUCCGCUCGGCGACCGACAUCGUCGAGGACCUGUUCAACCGGCCGCUGCGCCGCACCGACACGGACGGGACCGUCACGCUCUCGGUCGUGUCGACGGCGGGCGGCGUCAGCACGCGCGACAUGCACGGCGGGGCCGGUGGCGGGCUCGGCGAGCCGAUCGAGCUGCGGCACGGCGGCGGCGGCGGGCUCAGCAGCGGGUGGAAGGCGCACAAGGCGCGCAGGUCGGCCGCCAAGUCGUCUGCUGCUGCUGCUGCUGCCGCUGCUGCCGACGCUCGGUCGUCCGGCGGCGAGGCGGCGCCGUCGUCGAGCAAGGCGUGGUCGAUCCGCCCUCGCACUCGCGACAAGCACCGCGACCGCGCUCCCGCCGCGCCCGACGCGGGCCUGCCCGGCUUUGAGCGCAACCAGACGUCGGCGACCGAGCGCGUCGGGCGCACGCCGCAGGAGGACGUGCCGCAGCCGACGCCGGCAACGUACGCCAAAACCGAGGCGCCCGUCGAGGUGCACCGACAGCGCGAGCGCGCCCGGUGGCUCAAGGACGUCACGCACGACGAGCAGGGUCGGCGAGCGCCUCAUCCGCACGCCCACGAGCAGGUCGACGUGCGCGUGCAGCCGCCGACGCCGCAGCUUUUGUCGUCGUCGCACGGCGCCGGCGGUCCGACGGUCGGCCGGCCCAAUCUUGGGCCCACGCGCACGCCGUCGUCGACGAGUGUCGCCUCGUCGGUCGCCUCGUCGUCGACCAAGGCGCUGUCCGUGCGGUGGGGCGACCGGCCGCCGUCGACGUCGAGCACGCCCGCUUCGGCCAUCUCGUCGUCGGCCAACUCGUCGUCCUCGACCGAGCUCGGCCCUCGCCAUGGCGGCGGCAGCAGUGUAGCCGCGGCGGGUGCAGGAGGAGAGCGUCGCCUCGUGCCGUUGCGGUCGCAGCGCUCGUACGACGCGCUCGGCAUCGCGAGGCCCGCCUCGAGCGCGAGCUUCAGCUCGCUCGUCACGCCGCCGUCGCCUGACCGACGCGACACGUCUCAGCGAGGGACGAGCGCGAGCGGGACGGCGCUGGGCCAGGAGCUCGGGCGAGCGCCGGCGAGGAGGGCUGGACCGGGCGAGCGAGCGCCAGGAGGAGCAGAGUGGGGGAGGAGCUGGGGCUAGGUGCCCCGAGCGCUGCGGCGUCGAGGAGGUCAGGUGGAGGACUCAGAGCAGCGCACGAGGCUUUCGCGCUCCCCUCGUUGUACAAGCGCACGAGCCCUCAUACUCGAGCUCUCAGUUUCUUGUAGCAUUCUCGAGUCCUGCAUCUCGCUCGUUGCCCAUCUCU